UAUGGAGGAUCUGACUCAGAUUGCUAGGGGGAAAAUUGGUGGGGGGUGCUGGGAGUAGCUGCAAGGUGAGCUAUUCCCUUUACAGGGGAGGCCAUCAGAAAGACCCUCCAGGAGGAGAGAGGAUUGGGAGCAAAUAGGGACUAAGAAUUCACUACCUGGAGUAUUGGAGGAUUCCCAGGGUGUGAAUGCUCAAAGCCCCACUCUGGACUGCUGUGUGGUAUCUUUUGACCCAGUCCUCUCCUCAUAAACAGUAGAAGGUGUUACCAGCCUGAGGCUCAUCAGAGAAGAAGGAAUGGCAGUCAGGUGCCUGCCAACCGUGGUCCAGGAAUCAGUGACCUUCAAGGAUGUGGCCGUGCUUUUCACCCAGGAUGAAUGGGCGCAGCUGAGCCCUGCUCAAAGAGCCCUGUACAGGGAUGUAAUGCUGGAGAACUACAGCAACCUGGUGUCCCUGGGACUCUUAGGACCCAAGCCAGAUAUGUUUUCCCAGCUGGGAAAGGGGGAAGAAUGGAUGCCGGAGGACUCCCUGGGAGGCUUCUGUCUUGAUUGGAUGACUACACCUGUGAGUAAGAAACCAACUCUCAAGGCAGAUAUUCCUGAAGGAGAAUUGGGUCAGUGGAUGAUAAAGGAAAGAUUCACUAAAGAUACUCACUGGAAAUAUGAUACACUGUUGGAAUGGCAGCAUGGAAGCCAGGAGAUAAAGUUGCAGCAAGUGAUGCUUGCUCAUGAGAAAACUUCAUCUGUGGUUGGUGACCAGAAAUGUGAUGAAUCUGGGAAGCACUGCACCAUGAGCUCAUCCUUUGUUCAGAGUCAGGGAUUUCAAUCUAGCAAAAAAGCCUUUGAGUGUAGUGAGUGUGGAAAAGUCUUCACUAAGAGUUCAACCCUCAAUAAACAUCAGAAGAUUCAUACUGAAAAACUUAAUGCAAAUCGGAAAAUUCUUAUUAAAGAGAAGCGAUAUGAAUGUAGAGAAUGUGGGAAAGCCUUUCACCAGAGCACACACCUUAUCCAUCACCAAAGAAUUCACACUGGUGAGAAGCCGUAUGAAUGUAAGGAAUGUGGCAAGGCCUUCUCAGUGAGCUCCUCACUUACUUAUCAUCAGAAAAUUCAUACUGGAGAGAAGCCUUUUGAAUGCAACUUAUGUGGAAAAGCUUUUAUCCGAAACAUACACCUUGCCCACCAUCAUAGAAUACAUACUGGAGAGAAACCUUUUAAAUGUAACAUAUGUGACAAAGCCUUUGUGUGCAGGGCACAUCUUACCAAACACCAGAAUAUUCAUAGUGGAGAGAAACCCUAUAAAUGUAAUGAAUGUGGGAAGGCCUUCAAUCAGAGUACAAGUUUUCUUCAGCAUCAGAGAAUUCACACUGGGGAGAAGCCUUUUGAAUGUAAUGAAUGUGGGAAGGCUUUCAGGGUGAACUCUUCCCUUACUGAACAUCAAAGAAUUCAUACUGGAGAGAAACCUUAUAAGUGUAAUGAAUGUGGGAAAGCUUUCAGGGAUAAUUCAUCCUUUGCUCGACAUCGGAAAAUUCAUACUGGAGAGAAACCUUACAGGUGUGGUUUGUGCGAGAAAGCCUUCAGGGACCAAUCAGCCCUAGCCCAGCAUCAGAGAAUUCAUACUGGGGAGAAACCUUAUGCGUGUAAUAUAUGUGAGAAAGCAUUCAGUGACCAUUCAGCCCUCACUCAACAUAAGAGAAUUCAUACUAGAGAAAAACCUUAUAAAUGUAAAAUCUGUGAGAAAGCCUUUAUCCGAAGUACACAUCUGACUCAACAUCAGAGGAUUCACACGGGAGAGAAACCCUAUAAAUGUAAUAAAUGUGGGAAAGCUUUCAACCAGACUGCAAACCUCAUUCAGCAUCAGAGACAUCAUAUUGGAGAAAAGUGAUAAUGGAAGAGCUUUGAGACUAAGUGUAUUAAUUAUUGAAUGCAAGAGAAUUUCCGUUCUACAGAAUAAUCAUGAAAGCUUACAUGAAGAUAGUCAUUUUAUUUACUGAGAGUCAAGGUUCACAGUAGUGUGGGUUUUGAGAACUUAAGAAUGUCAAACACUCCUCAUAAUUCAGAACUGCCUCAGUUGAAUAGUCUGAAUUACCAAGUAUCAGAACCAACAUGGACCUUCAUUAACAACAUAGAAAUUAGUUGACCAUUAAGAUAAAUUAUAAAAUUGUAAAAAUUGAGAAGCACAGGAACAAAAAAGUAAGAAAAUGGUCUAUAAGCAUUUUACUGUACUUGAUUCUCUUAUAUAGGAGGGUUUCUACCUUUAAUGGAAUGCUUUGUUUUCCUCACCCCCACUAUUUACACCCAGUGUAAAGAAAGUGCAGUCACCUGUGCACUGGCCCAGGAGUUACUUAAAUUAUGCUUCCCACCUUCUGCUUCAAACCAACUUUUGUCAGAUGUCCCUGGUUCAUGUGUCCACUGGCUUCUUACCUGUAUUCUUCUCCUGGGACAAUUCAUUUGAACUGUGUGUCCCUUUUUGAUUUAGCAACUCCUAACUGAUAACAUCACGUCAGUUACUACCACCCAGUUUGCCCUUGAAGACUGUGGUUAUCUGACCUCACACACAGUCCAUGAUUCUGGAUGUUGUUCCAAACCCAGCUUUCAGAACUCAGGACUCCUAUCUGGAAGGCAGAGGUUGAUAAAAAUUCCUGAGUAACCCAGGUCCUCUGGGCUUCAGUUUGACUCUGACCCUCGGAUAAUCCCUAAAGUAGGGGCUUAAUCUGUGCAGACAUUCCCCCCGCCAGUUGUUCUGCACUGUAGAUUACACUACACAUGGCAGUCAGGGGCAUGCUCAGCUUCGGGUGUGAUGAUCCCAGCCACCUAGAGAUGUUCUGGGCACUGCUACUUCUGUGACUUGCCAUUUCCUGAUGUGCAUCUGACAAGGGAGGUUAGAGCCUCAAGGGAGUUGUCAAAAGGCUCUCACCCACUUUUUCCCUUGGCUGGGCAAUCCUGUGUCCACUGCAUUAGUGUAUAUUUGUUACUCCCAGAAUAUUGAACUGCUGCAUCCUGGUUCUUGCCCUGCUUUUGUCUACUUUUCUGAAGGUAUCAACUCUGUUCAUAGAAAACACAGAGAGCUUUGAAUUUCUGAUUUUGCAUUUGGAAGUGGCCAUUUCAUGUCCUCCAC